GAACAAAACAAGGCACUGUUUCGUGUCUCCCUGACCCUGAUCCCAUUCUCCAUCGCCUUUGUUACCGACCCAUUUUAACUCUCUCUCUCUCUCUCUCUCUCUCUCUCUCUCUCUCUCUCUCAUACAUUUCCCCGUUACUCUCUCUCUCUCCAUUUUCAUUUUCAUUUUCUUCUUCUUCUUCUUCUUCUUCACUGUUUUCUCAGUUAUCGUGUGACCUUAUCCUAACCCCUUUUUCUGUUGCGGAGGUGCCUCUGGGGCGUUGUGCAGAUCAACCCACAAUCUUCAAUUCUUGUUGGUGUUUUACCAUGGAUGGUAUUCACGGGGGUGAUUCUCGGAUACACAUCAGUGAUGGACAGCAUCCUAUACAUGUGCCAUAUGUGCAAGAACAUGAGCAUCAUGGAUUGCACCAUAUGAGCAAUGGAAAUGGGAUUGAUGAGGAUCAGAAUGAUGGUGGUGAUACUAAUUGUGGUGGAAGUGAGAGUGUGGAAGGUGAUAUCCCCUCCAGCCAUGGAAAUCUCCCUGACAAUCACGCCGUAAUAAUGGAUCAAGGGGGUGAUGCUGGGGAUCAGCUUACGUUGUCUUUUCAGGGCCAAGUUUAUGUCUUUGAUUCCGUGUCACCAGAAAAGGUUCAAGCUGUACUACUGUUAUUGGGAGGCCGUGAAAUACCUCCAACCAUGCCUACCAUGCCAGUGUCUCCUCACCAUAAUAACCGGGGAUUUACUGGUACUCCGCAAAAGUUCAGUGUCCCUCAGAGAUUAGCUUCGUUGAUUAGGUUUCGUGAAAAGCGAAAGGAACGAAAUUUUGACAAAAAAAUUCGGUAUACUGUUCGGAAAGAAGUAGCAUUAAGGAUGCAAAGGAAUAAAGGUCAGUUUACAUCUUCAAAGUCCAAUCACGAUGAAUCUGCAUCAGCUGCAACAAAUUGGGGGCCAAAUGAAAACUGGUCAGCAGAGAAUAACGGAUCCCAGCAGCAAGAUAUUGUUUGUAGGCAUUGUGGCAUCAGUGAAAAGUGCACACCAAUGAUGCGACGUGGGCCUGAAGGGCCAAGAACCCUCUGCAAUGCUUGCGGUCUUAUGUGGGCAAAUAAGGGAACCCUGAGGGACCUAUCAAGGGCGGCACCCAUAUCUGGACCAAUAAAAAAUGAGAAUAAAAGUUUAGAGACCAACCAGAUAGUAGUCCAUAGAGUUGCCGGAGAAGCUGAUGAUUUAUCGUGAUGAACUUUAUUUUGGUCAAAAUGGAGAGAUUUCAAGAAAUAAGGAUGGUGGGAGAAUGUUUGCACCAAGAUAAAAAAUUGAAAUUGUAGAAAGUGGGCUUAUUCUACUAUAUUUUUAGUGAAUGAAAAUGUUUAAAUGAAUAUUCUGUAUUUUUUUUAAAAUAUAUGCAGAAGGUCAUUAUUGUCCGUGACAACUAGUUUUUUUUUUUAGAUUUUUAUUUUGGGUAUGUUGAACAGCUUCAAUCAAUGCACUUGUUGUAGCUGUAUUUAUAUAAAGAAAAAAAGAACGUUCCUUUUUCA